UGAAUUCCUCCAACUGUGUUUAUAAAUUCGAGCAAGGCAAAACUCUAUUGGACUACCAGCACCCAGAUCACGUGCCCUGGUUUAGAGAUGAAGCUAAUGAAACAGAAGUGGCCAAAGCUGUUGAAAUCUGUGGCAGUAAAAACGACCCGUGUAUCUUUGAUUAUUUGGUGACUGGGGACAAGAGAUUUGCUGCUGCAACUAAAUCCAAAUUUGAUGAGAUGGUUGUCAUCAUUCAAAGUUUGGAAAACAACCCUCCAGCCAUAGCACUGAAAGAAAACCUAAACAAUGGAGGCAGAUGGAAUGUAAAACAAGGGACACAAUCAACUUUACAAGUUGUAGGAAUAGAUGGGGAUGGAGAUGACGUCACAUUUGAGCUGAGUGGCAACAUCACAGAUGUCAAGUUCGAUAAGAAUGGUGUUAUCACCUACACACCAGAUGUCAAGAAACCUGUCUUGAUACAAGUUCGUGUCAAAGACUCGAAGGGAGCCUACUCUCCACUGUUGUACAUCCCAGUUAGUGUUUGCCCACUCUGUAGUGGUCAUGGUGUUUGUGAUAUAAAUAGAACUAGAGAGGAAAUUUUUAAAGGAAUGUUCCUGAUCCUGGCCUGUAGUUGUCAUCCAGCUUACACGGGAGUUGAAUGUGAAUCAGAGCUGGAUGCUUGUGCUAUAAAACCUUGUUCCAAGGGACAGAACUGCACAGACCUAACAGCUCAACAACAGGGAAACAACUCAGUCGGUUAUGUUUGUGGAAAAUGUCCUCCUGGUUUUGUAGAUUAUGAAGGGUUAUGUUUAGAUGUAAAUGAGUGCAGUGAUGAAAGCAUGUGCAGCCAAACCUGUACAAACACUGAAGGCUCUUACAUGUGCUCAUGUAGACCUGGUUACAGGCUGGAUACUGGAGACAAGAAAACUUGCACAGACAUCAAUGAAUGUGAGGAGAGAUCAUCCAAAUGUCAACAGAUUUGUACCAACACAGCUGGCAACUACACUUGUUCAUGUCAGACUGGAUACACCUUAGACAGCAAUGGUCUAACAUGUACUUUAGAUGAUUCUUUAAUCAGCAAAUGUUAUGACUGUGGCCAGGUUUGUUAUGUCAACAAUGAUCAGGUAAACUGCAGCUGUAGAUUGGGGUUUGAACCUGAUCCUAAAGAUAACAGUAAUUGUAGAGAUAUAAAUGAAUGUGAGUAUGGUAACAAGCCAUGUGGCCAGAUUUGUGAAAAUCUUGAAGGAACAUAUGAAUGCUCAUGUUAUAAUGGCUACAAACUGGACAGUGAUGGGAUUUCUUGUCAUGCCUGUGAAAGACCCUACUACGGAACCAAUUGUGGCCAAAUCUGCCAGUGUAGUGGCCAUGGGUCAUGUGACUCUGUUAGAGGUUGUGUCUGUGAUAAAGAGUGGACAGGUGACCACUGUGAGCUGGAUGUUGAUGAGUGUGACCAGUCCAACCCAUGUCCAGCUGGUUUUGUCUGUAAAAACAGAAUUGGCUCAUACACCUGUGUCUGUGCUGAGGGCUACAGGUUAACUAAUGGAAUCUGUACAGACAUUGAUGAAUGUAAAGAUAUUUUUGUCAACACAACUUGUGACAAAAUGCUGGAGGUUUGUGUCAACACAGUGGGCAGCUACAGCUGUCAGUGUAAGAAAGGAUUUGCCAGAAAUUCUCUAGCUGUUUGUCAAGAUAUUGAUGAAUGUUUGACCAAAGCUGAUGAAUGUGAACAGGUGUGUGAAAACAAACCUGGGUCUUAUAAUUGUUUGUGUCGACAAGGCUACACAUUGGCAGAUGACCGCUUUUCAUGUCUGAAAGUGAGAGACCCUUGUCAAGGAUUUAACGUAAACUGUAGCUAUGGCUGUGUUGUGGAUGUAGAUAACAAACCUUACUGCUACUGUCCUAGAGGAUACAAACUUACUGGACAAGAAAAUUGUGAAGACAUCAAUGAAUGUGAGUCAAAUAUUGACAACCAUUGCUCAAACAGAGAUGGAUGUGUAAACACUAAUGGCAGCUACACAUGUUCCUGCCCAUCAGGAUUCAAGCUGGACAAUGAUGGUCACACAUGCAUUGCUUGUAGUGGAGAAACCUGGGGCAUUCAGUGUUCUCAGUCUUGUAGCUGUGGGUCAGGGGCAGAUCACUGUGAUCCAAAAGUUGGUUGUGUCUGUAAACAGGGGUACACAGGAAAGUACUGCUCAGUUGAUAUUGAUGAAUGUAGCAGUGGAAAUUUAACUUGUGGAGCUAAAGAAAAAUGUGUUAAUCUACCUGGUUCUGCUACCUGCCAGUGUCAGAAUGGAUAUUUGAGAAAAGAUGGAGUGUGUACAGAUAUAAAUGAGUGCACCAGUUUCUUAACUAAUGACUGCAGUCAGGUGUGUACCAACAUUGAAGGAGGAUUCAUUUGCUCUUGUUAUGCAGGGUAUGCAUUUAAUUCAACAACACAGAUGUGUGAGGACAUAAACGAGUGUGACCAAGGUUUAUCCAGGUGUGAACAGACUUGUAUCAACACAGAAGGAAGCUACAGAUGUUCCUGUCCAUCUGGCCUGUACCUCCAGCAAGAUGGUCUCACAUGUAGAGCUACAAUUCCAUGCAAAACCAAAACCAACUGCAGCUACCAAUGUGCUGUAAUGGAUAAUGUUGAAACCUGCUUUUGCCCCAAGGGGAAAAUUUUGGCAACAAAUGGACUAGACUGUGUUGAUGUAGACCUAUGUGCCAACAGCCCUUUUACUUUUGGUUGUGUUGAGACCAGAGACAACACCAGCAUUGAAUGUGUGUGUGGGCUGGGAGAAAAGUUGGAUUCUAAUGGACUCUCUUGCUCUGCAUGUAAUGCGGGUACCUGGGGAAGUGGAUGUACCAAAACUUGCAGCUGUGUAACAACUAACACACAAUUCUGUGAUAAAAAAACUGGCGACUGCCAUUGUAAGCCUGGGUGGAAUGGCAGCACAUGUGGAGAAGACAUUGAUGAGUGUACGGCCUCCAACGUGUGCCCUGUACAUUCACACUGUACCAACACUGAUGGAGGCUACGUCUGUUCUUGUGAUGUUGGAUUUGUGAACAUCAACCAGACUACAUGUCAGGCCUGUGAUGAAGACUUCUAUGGUCCAACAUGUACACUCCGCUGCUCUUGUCCACCAAACGCUGCAUGCAACAAUGUCAAUGGCAGCUGCUACUGUAAGCCUGGCUGGCGUGGACCAGCUUGUGAGACAGACGUCAAUGAAUGUCAGGAAGGUACACACACAUGUAGUCAGGGUAAACUGCAAGUCUGUGUAAACAAAGAUGGAGGCUAUGAAUGCUCCUGCAAGAUUGGUUACUCAAAGUCAUGUGACACAUGCCAAUGUGAAGAGUGUCCUGAAGGCAAAUGGGGCCAAGACUGCUCACACACCUGUACCUGUGUAGCAGCCAACACUCACCUGUGUGAUAAAACAAAUGGUAGCUGUGUCUGUAAGACAGGAUGGAAUGGAACCAGAUGUGAUGUGGAUUUUGAUGAAUGUAAACAAACAUCUGACCAGUGUCCAGUUCAUUCUUCUUGUAUUAAUAAUGAUGGAGGGUACAGUUGUUCCUGUAAUGAAGGUUACACUAAAAAUCCAGAUAAUAUUACAUGUGAAGAGCUUGUUGCACGUGAAAUAACCAUUGUCUUCAAUUUUGAUGCUUCUAAAAAAAACUUAGAAGACAUUAAUAGUAAUGAUUACAAAGAAAUAAAAGUCCAAGUUGAAGAUGCGUUAUUAGCCAAAUUGAAGCGGCAAUCUUCUUUCAUAUUUAGCAUAACUGUUAAAAAUAUGAGAAAAGGAAGUCUGAUUGUUGAUGUAGAUGUGAUUCUUCUGAAAAAUACCAAUACGUUGGAUGUAAUCACUUUAGCUCUACAGUCUAUCAUUGUAGAUGGUAUAACACUUGAUGGACAGCUUGUUUACAUACUUCAGGCUUUAGUUGACAGAAGCAAUGUUUCCAUCUUAUCUUGUGAAGCAAGAUAUAAAAUAAUUCCAUGUAAAGAGAAUGAAGAAUGCUAUCUAGACUACAAUUUAGCCACUUGCAGACCAGUUGAUAAAGUUAACAUAAGUCUUAUUGUUGGGCUAACUAUUGGAUUAACACUGUUUGUGGUUGCAUGCAUUGUUAUUGGAGUUGUUGUUGGAAAAUAUUCAAAGAAGCAUAAAAGAGAAACUUAUGAAGCUAACUUAGAUGCAUCUCAAAUAUCACAGUUGGUAUAUCAAGGUUUCCCGAAAGAGUGUAGUGAUGCAAGCAAAACCUACUCAAAUCCAACUUAUGACAAAUAAAUAAAUUAUUUAACUAAUAUCACAUUCUUGAAAUUUGAAAUGUGUCACAUACUUAAAUUGUAGAUGUUCUGUUUAAAUUUUUUAACAUAAUACUGGUUUUUAUUAGGUGUUUUUUUUAAACAUAUAUUUCAAAUGCAGUUUUAAACAAGUAGGCCUAUUAUUAAAUUAUUAUUUUUUACAGGUACUUUAAUUGAUAAUUGUGUAUUUUAAAUUUGUGGACAAGUUUCAUGUAUUAAAUUAAUGUCUUAAUGAAAUAUCUGAAUUCUAAAUAGGCCUACUCUACUUGAGUAGCAUACUUGUAAAUAGUUACAAAAAGUUAAUAGAUCUAGUUAUUAGAAUCUAGAUCUAUCUAGAUCUAAAUAGCUAAGCCAAAUAGACUUGGAAAAAUAAAUAUUUGCUUUCAUUCUCAGUUUUAUUUAAUACAAUGUGGUAAUCUAUCCGCGUUUUAGGUGCGUAAAAUCGGCUGAGGCUGGUUGUUACUAGUUGUUAGUAAUGUGCGAAAUAGUUGCCUCAUUGUUAAGGCUUAAAUAUAAGUAUAUUGGGAUUUAUUUGUGUGAUAUAUUAUAGAUAACUGAAUAAUAAACCAAAACCAAUGACUAAAUAUAGCAAUAUAUGCCAAAAAUUAACCUUAAAUAGCAGUGUUUGCAAGCAAGAAUUGCUAUAGUUUUGGUUUAUAAACAACGGUCAUCUGUAAAUUAGAGUGGUUUCCCCUAAAUCUCCCACUAGGGGUCAUCCGCUUAUGAAGUCCUCAAAAUUUUGGAACUUUAGACUAUCAUUUGUGGCUGUCUAGCUAUCAACGACUUUAUGGGAUCGGAUAAAUUCGGCUAAUGAACUUGACGUCAUUACAUUACUUUUACUCAACUUUACGCUGCAUGUGUUUCGAAAACAAACGGCCUCUUCCCCAUUUUUGUGGUCUCGCUGACCGUUAGCCCAACACACUUGACCAAGUGAGCACUUCAUACACACGCUUUUAUUUAAAUAUUUACUUGUAAUUAACUUGGUAAUUCUACCUCAUGACACAAAAUAAUUAUGAUAUGGUUACAAUAAGUUUGAAAUGUUUAAAAAUAAACUUGAAAACCAAGAAUUGUUUUUAAAAAUUGCCGCGGUCACUGCCCCCAUCCCCUCCCGCAAGUAAAAAAAAAGAUGGCUGCUAAAGUAAAUAUUUUUAUAUGCUUGGUUGCAUCUGAUGAAAACAUCGCUAGUCUUCAUUUAUUACUGAAAAGUUUUAAAACAAUUGUUCAAAAAUAAUUCCUCCUAAAAAUGUGAAAUAGAUCUAAUUACUAAAGUUUAAUCAGUCACUUUUUGUUAACUAACUAGAUCUAGAUCUAGAUCUAGAUUCUAGUCUCGGCCGAUUUUACGAUCCUAAAACAAUAGAUUACCCUUCAUUUUUCUAGGCCUAAAUCAGUAAGUAAUAAGGUAAUUUUAGGUAAGUAGUAUUAAUUAGUAAUUAUAACUAGAUCUAGAUCUACAUAUUUUCUUCAAUUGCCUUACAUUCUAGAUCUAGAGAUUUAUAUUUUAAGAUGUUUUUUGGGAAUAAAAAUAAAAUACAACAAAUUUAAUAUUUUUUCUUAUUUUCUGAUAUUUCAAGUAACUAUUAGGGAGAAAAAACCUGACAGCUGAAGUAAACAAUCCUUACUUAUCUCAAAGUAGUGGUUGUGAUCUCUCGCAUUCAAGAGAUUUAAAUGUUUAAUCAUAAGAUUUAUAUUUUGUCUAUAUAGCAAAACAUCAAUUUAGGAAAUCUUAAAGAUCUUAACAUUUUUACAUUCGGAAUACUUAAGUUAAAGGACAUCACAGAGUAUC